GCGGUCACACUGACACUAGCACCAGUACUACCCAUCACUCCCACCAGCCAGCUUGAGCUCGCUCACUUCCGCUCCGCCCACAGAUCGCUCGGGGAAGCGCGAGCUAGCACGGGCAUCGAAUCGGAGCGAGCGCCAGAGGAAGGGGCCGGGGAAUGGGAGGGCCGCUCGGCGCCAUCAUAGGCCGGCACCCGGCGGCGGCAGGCGGCGGGGAGGAUGAGCUGGGAGGUGGUGGCGGCGGCGCCGGCGGCGGCAUCAUUCGGCACAACCGGAGGUGCCGGGAUUUGGCCUUCCUCGUGCUCUUCGCGGCGUUCUGGGUCGCCAUGAUCGUCAACUCCAGCUUCGGAUUCAACCAGGGCAACCCGCUCAGGCUUACUUACGAACUAGACUACAAAGGGAACGUUUGUGGCAGUAGGCAUGGUGACCCGGAUUUGCAUGAGCUUGAUGUUAGAUAUUGGAUGAACCCAAACCAGGUGUACCAAAGCGGAGUCAAGGACAGCAAGAUUAACCUUGCUGAUGCCAAAGCCAUCUGCCUGAUGGAGUGUCCCAUUCCAGCAGCAGAUGGACUGAACUUUGUUUGUGAUUAUCCAGAAGGGGACAUACGCCUCUCUGUCGAUGAUUGGAUCAACAGGGACUAUGAUUAUUUUGAGUUUCUCACACCAGAUAUGAGAAAUAGUUCUCUUCAGUUGCAGGGUCCCUGCUACCCUGUCAUAUUUCCAAGUGUUAAUGUCUUUUGGAGCUGCCAAUAUAUUGCCCGAGCAUCCAACGUCUCUUUGAAGCAUUGGCAGCAGAUGGGUGGUAUCAACAUUGAUGAAAAUAUUCUUAUAGAUAAAACAAUCCACAAGGCCAUCAAUUCUAAAUCUGCAGUCUUGAAGAGAUAUGUUGCGGACAUUGGGAAGUCAUGGCCUGUGUUAAUUGUCUGUGGUGGACUGCUCCCUCUUUUCCUGUCAGCUAUCUGGUUGCUUCUGAUUCGUUAUUUCGUUGCUGCCAUGCCAUGGAUAACUGUAUUUCUCUUCAAUGCUCUAGUCAUAUCAGUUACUAUGUUUUUCUACAUUAAAGCUGGCUGGUUAGGCAAUGACCCCUUAACAGUUGUCAUUGGUGAAAGUGAUCCGUAUGUUCACAUAAGUGGGCGGGAAAUAAGCCACCUUCAUGCUGCUACAGUGGUGAUGACAGUAGUUAUGAUCAUUGCGUUUCUGUGCUCCAUAGCUAUUGUCCGGCGUAUACUGACAGCAACACCUGUCCUGAAGGUCGCUGCAAAGGUCAUUGGUGAAGUUCAGGCACUAAUUAUUUUCCCAGUAGUGCCAUACUUUGUGCUUGCUAUCUUUUAUAUGUUCUGGUUUUCUGCCACAUUCCAUCUCUUCAGCUCUGGUCAAGUUCUCCGAAAUGAUUGCAAUACGGAUUGUUGUUCAUAUGAUCUGAAGUUAGGCAAAGUAAACUGUGACAACUGCUGUGGAUACAGCAUGCAUUACACCCCUCAUAUUGGCGUUGCCAUUUUUUUCCACUUAUUUGGCUGUUACUGGGCAACCCAAUUCUUUAUUGCAUGCUCUUCCACUGUUAUCGCUGGAUCAGUUGCUUCGUACUAUUGGGCACGCGGUGAAAUAUCACAUGAGAUACCAUUUGUUACAGUUGUUUCUUCACUGAAGCGGUUAUUGCGAUAUAGUCUUGGAUCUGUUGCUAUAGGUUCACUUGUGGUAUCUGCUGUUGAGUGGGUGCGGUUUAUACUAGAAUGCCUCCGACGCAAGUUGAAGCUAGUUGAUUCUGCUCGUGAAAGCUGCUUUGGGAAAGUGACUUCAUCCUCUUCCCAAUGUUGCCUGGGCUGUGUAGACUGGACCCUCAAAUCUGUAAAUCGAAAUGCCUAUAUAAUGAUCGCUAUUACUGGGAAGGGGUUCUUCAAAGCUUCUGUUCUCGCAACUGGUUUGAUCAUGAACAAUAUACUGCGGAUCGGAAAAGUUAACGUCAUCGGAGAUGUCAUCCUCUUCCUUGGGAAGCUCUGUGUGAGCUUAUUCUGUGCGCUCUUUGCCUUUCUUAUGUUAGACACUCACAAGUACAAGUCAGCACAUAACAAGAUAUCAUCUCCUCUUAUUCCUGUGGUGGUGUCAUGGGCACUUGGGUUUAUAGUCGCCAAGCUGUUCUUCCAGGUCGUCGAGAUGUCGAUCGACACCAUAAUUCUUUCGUUCUGCCAAGACGCAGAAGAGCACCAGGGGAAUGCGCAGUAUGCUCCCCCUCUCCUCAUAGAGACACUGGAUGAACAGAAUGAACUCCAGAGACUAACUCAAGGACCUUGAUCUUUUCUUUCCGUUUUUCCCCUUUCUUGGAAGUAGAAUUAUAUCGGAAUGGAGACAUGGAGUAGAAGCCUUAUCAUAUUAUAAAUCAUGUUGGUAGUGGCACUCUCAUGUUCAAGUUUAGCGUGACCAAUUCUCCUGGCCUGAUCUAACGUAUGUACCUUUUGCUAAUACAAUGUUAGUGAAGAAGGUUAUAUCUUGUCUCAAUGUCUAAAUAUUCUUU